CGGAAAUUGCUUUCCUUUCGGCUUCCGCUCCUGGCCCAUGUGUGAGACAGGCUGCUGAGAUGAGCACGGUCCGGGCUGCGGAAAGCCUUCUGGCUUUAAGCCGACAGGAAGAAUUAGAGGAUUUACCCAAAGACUACCCCUUGAGUCCCAGUGAAGAUGAGGGUGACAUUGAUGGAGAGAGAAAGCAUCAAAAGCUUCUGGAAGCAAUCAGUUCCCUUGAUGGAAAGAAUAGGUGGAAAUUGGCUGAGAGAUCUGAAGCUAGUUUGAAGGUAUCAGAGUUCAAUGUCACUUCCGAAGGAUCAGGAGAAAAGUUAGUCCUUUCAGAUCUACUUGGGCCUAUUAAAACUUCAUCUUCAUUGGCUGCCGUGAAAAAGCAACUGAAUAGAGUCAGAUCAAAGAAGACUUUGGAGUUACCCCUCAACAAUGAAGAGGUUGAGCGGAUCCACAGAGAAGUGGCAUUCAAUAAAACCUCACAAGCCCUCUCCAAAUGGGAUCCCAUCAUCCUGAAGAACCGGCAGGCAGAGCAGCUGGUUUUUCCCCUGGAGAAGGAGCAGUCUGCCUUUGCUCCCAUUGAACAUGUGCUCAGUGGCUGGAAGGCAAGAACUCCUCUGGAGCACGAAGUUUUUAACAUCCUCCAUAAGAACAAGCAGCCAGUGACAGACCCUUUAUUGACUCCCGUGGAAAAGGCCUCUCUCAAAGCCAUGAGCCUGGAAGAGGCUAAGAUGCGCCGAGCGGAGCUUCAGAGGGCUCGGGCCCUGCAGUCCUACUAUGAGGCCAGGGCUCGAAGAGAAAAGAAAAUCAAGAGCAAAAAGUAUCACAAGGUCCUGAAGAAAGAAAAGGCCAAGAAAGCCCUAAAAGACUUUGAGAAGCUGCAGAAGGUCAAUCCUACCGCAGCACUGGAAGAACUGGAAAAAAUAGAAAAGGCCAGAAUGAUGGAACGAAUGAGCCUUAAGCACCAGAACAGUGGGAAAUGGGCCAAGGCAAAGGCAAUUAUGGCCAAAUAUGACCUGGAGGCUCGCCAGGCUAUGCAGGAACAAUUGGCCAGGAACAAAGAGCUGACGCAGAAGCUACAGGCAGCCUCUGACAGUGAGGAAGAGAAGGGGAGUGUGGAAGAAGAGGGUGAACUCCUUGUCCCCGAUACAGUGAAUGAGAUUCAGAGGGAUGCCGAUGGGCCAAACCCCUGGAUGCUCAGGAAUCCCUUCAAUGGCCCAAAAGAGGCCAAAGUCCAGGACGCUGAGCAACUUCUGGAGCCUGUGGCCCAUGAGGCUUCUGAAAGUAAGGAAGAAGAAAGACCAGGGGCUGAAGAAGACAUCUUGUUAAAUACGUUUGAGGAAAGGCGAGCACUUAGGAAAAAGUCUGGGCUCAGCCAGGAUGCCGAGCCUUUGAGGAAACAAGAGUCAGAAGAUUCUAGCAGCCAGGAGGUGCUGUCUGAACUGAGGGCACUGUCUCAGAAACUCAACAAAGCAAACCAGCGAUCUGGGAAGCAGAACAUGACUUCACUGAGGACAGUUCUGCCAGUCCAGAGAGAGGAACCUACCGAGGCAGAAGAGGAGCCCCUGUUGAUGCAGAGGCUAGAGAGAGCACACACUAUGGAGGAGCUAGAGGAGCUGGGGAAAGAAGGAUGUUUUCAAAAUAAGGAGGUCCCCAGGCCUGUGGUAGAAGGGCAGCAGUUGGAGAGGAACCCACAUAAUCUGCCUGGUGCUCCCAAGGAAAAGAAAAGGAAGGAGCAAAUGAUUGAUCUACAGAACCUCCUAACCACAAAAUCUCCUUCUGUGAAGUCUUUGGCAGUACCCACAACAGUAGAGGAGUUGGAAGCUGAAGAGGAGAGACAUCAAAAGCAGAUGAUAAAGGAAGCUUUUGCUGGGGAUGAUGUCAUCAGAGACUUCUUGAAAGAGAAGAGGGAAGCUGUGGAGGCGAGUAAGCCAAAGGACGUGGACCUGACUCUGCCUGGCUGGGGCGAGUGGGGUGGUGUGGGCCUAAAGCCCAGUGCCAAGAAGAGACGCCGGUUUCUCAUUAAAGCCCCGGAGGGUCCUCCAAGAAAAGACAAGAAUUUGCCAAAUGUGAUUAUCAAUGAGAAGCGAAAUGUCCAUGCAGCAGCUCAUCAGGUGCGAGUGCUUCCAUAUCCAUUCACCCACCAUCAGCAAUUUGAAAGGACCAUCCAGACCCCUAUAGGAUCUACGUGGAACACACAGAGGGCCUUCCAAAAGCUGACUACACCCAGGGUUGUCACCAAGCCAGGUCACAUCAUUAAGCCUAUAAAAGCAGAGGAUGUGGGCUACCGGUCUUCCUCAAGGUCGGACCUCUCUGUUGUACAGAGGAAUCCAAAACAACUCUCCACACGUCACAAAAAACAGCUGAAGAAAAACUCUGUAAAUUGAGUUGCUAGAGGAGUGACUGACAUCUUGGUGCCCAGAACUAGGAACCCCGACUGCUCCUCCACUGGCCCGGAUUUACUCCAAGCUGCAGGAUCAAUUUGCAGGCUGGCUUAGCACAUUGUGAGUGUAGUUAAGCCGCAUUUUAGAAAUAAAUGCAUUUUUAUCUAUUUAA